ACACUGCAGCGUGCAGUCUGCCGAAUCCAAACAGGAAGAAGAAGAAGAAGCAACGAAGACGUCAGAGGAGCCAACAUGGCGGCGCCCUGCAGCAGCACUCGCUGACAGGCUGGCUCAGGUCACAGUUUAUUUGUUGAAAGUGGAAUAAGUUCACAGGAGAUAACAUGUUCCCAGAAACGGCUCGGUGCUUCAAAACAGCGGCUCCGUUCCUCUCUCCAGCCGUCCUCUUGAAUGACUUGAGGCGGCUGUCCGCACAUGGAGGAGCCGGAGCCGGCUGCCCGCAGGCCCGGAGACACUUCAGCGUCAGCCGCUGUCUGACAGCCAAGGUCCCCCCACCGCGGACACCCAGGGAGAGGGUGCACAUCCCCGGACUGGAGAGGGUCACUUACGGGGAGAGGAUGCACUAUGUUCCGGGGCUGACUAAGCCCGUGUACCCGCCAUGGGAGAAGGACUACAAGGACCCCAGACAUUACAAGUCUCCCCCAGCUCACGAGAUGCGGCUGUACAAAGAGAAACCGUGCUAUGUGUACAACCAGAGGACCAGCGCACUGGAAGGUGUGCGUCAGGCUCUGUGGUUGACCAAAACCAAGCUGAUCUCUGGUCUGCCACCUCAGCUGCUGUCACUGGCAGAGAAUCCCGCUAAUCAGAUUCCAGAUCAGGAUGAACGGGUGCAGAACGCCAUCAAACACGCACGCUUCUGGGACACGACACAACUCCGACCAGGCAAAGUGAAGUACAGCAACACUUUACUCCUCAACCUGCUCCACCUGUGUGCAGCUCUACAGCCCAGUCACCCAGCGAUUGGGCGGAGGAUCCUUGCUGAGAAAUACUCACUGGCGGCGACAUGGAAAAGAGGCAAGGACCUGUUCCAGAUUAGGGGUCAGAAUGGGUUACUGCAUAACAGCAUGGAUCCUCUCCCAGAGGUUUCUGGGAAACAAGACGUGAGCGACACUGUGGAUCACAUCGUGGAAACCUUCUAUCCCGUCUCCCCCACCAUCGACCUGCAGAAGGUCCAUGUGUACAAAGAGGAUGUAAACUGCCUGGGUUUCAGGGAUGACUACCCUUACCCCCAUGCCCACACACUCUACUUCCUGGAGGAUGCCGAUGCCAACUGUAAGCUCCGCCCAGAACAGUUCAGAGCUAAGAUGGUCAUGUUUGCCUUCGGAAACGCUCUGGCCCGUGCACACAAACUGUAUGGGACCCAGCCCCAGCAUGUGUUAGAUCGUCCUGUAACAGUCCAGGCAGUGGGGAGCAACGGUAGAAUUUUCCAGUUUUUGGUUUUCCAGCUCAACACCACGGAUCUAUCAGGAGACGACGGCAUCAAGAACCAGGUGUGGCUGGAUGAAAACGUUGAGCUCUAUGAUUUUGCAAAAGUCCGACCACUCAUCAAGAAGAAGCAAGUGAAGGUACCAGCUGGUCUGGCAGGAUACAAGCCUGAAACAUUCACCAAGUUCCUGGCCCUGUACCUGCACGGAGCUGUGUAGGGUGUGUGUGUGUGUGUGUGUGUGUGUGUGUGUGUCUGUGUUUAUGUGUCUGUCUGAGACCUAAACGUGACCAUUAACUCCUCCUUUCCUGUUGAACAGUCAAACGUGGUUCAUAACAGAUAACUCUGUUGUUACUGUGACGACUCACCCCAUAAAUAAAACAGUCAUUCUGAAUA